CCGGGCCAGCCGCUCGCACAGCUUGGCUCGGCUCGGCUCUGCUCGGCUCGGCUCCCGCGCCGCCGCCGCGAUGGAGCCGCGACGCUGUGGAGUUUUGUUACUGUUUCUUCAUAUUCUGAGACCUGUUACUGCACUGGAGGAGAAGUUCAUCAUCAGUAAACUUGGAGACAAUGCUAAACUGAGUUGCAUUUAUCCUCUAGCAGGGAAAUUCCACUUAAAUAACCUACGGGUAUAUUGGCAAGUAGCUGAUGACCAAGAAAAGUGUUUAGUAGUGCAUGCACUAAUCUCCGGCCAAGACAAUGAAAGUGAACAGUGUAUUCACUUUAAAAACAGGACUCAGUUAUUUUGGGAUAGACUGGAAAAUGGCAACUUUUCUCUGCUGCUGUUAAAUGUCAGCCAAAGUGAUGAACGUACAUACAAAUGCAUAGUACUGCAGAAAACUGAGUAUACCAGAGUGAUUCACCAGGAAGUAGUAGUUCUCAGUUUAGCAGCAAGUUACAGCCAACCAAUACUUAGUGGACCAGUAAGAAAUGCGAACAGCAGUGGGGAAGAGGUAACUUUCAGCUGCAAAUCCAGCAAUGGAUACCCAGAACCAAAUGUUUAUUGGAUAAAUAAAACAGACAACAGCCACCUGCCUCCAUCAGAAUUAAAGAUCACCCCCCACGCUGAUGGCACUUACAGCGUUUUCAGUACACUGAAGAUUAAAGCAACUUCUAAUAUGCAGAUAGAGUGCUCCAUAGAAAAUAAAAUACUACAGGAAAAUCUAUCAGCCAACUACACACAGGAAAAGAUAAACAACUCUUCUAACACAGAAAGUCAAAAAGACCUGGAAAAAAAAAGACAAGGUGCUCAAGCAGCCGGCAUCGUUUCCAUUGUCAUUCUGAUAGCUAUUCUAGCUGUUGUAGCCUGCUGGCUACGGAGAGGGAGAUGGAGGUCCUCUCAAGUGGUAUCUUACAAAGAUGUCCAACCAAAUGAAGACAAAGGAGAGUUCAACUCACCUGUCUAAGUGGAAAGUCCACCAAGAACCUGGGCAGCUUGACUUGCAUCAGGAGAAUCACCCCUAUCUCGGUGGCAGCAUUACUUGUGAUACAAGUGACAGAGGUUUCUGCAGCAUGUGCCAAGAUAGACAGCAAAAAGCUUCUUCAAAGAAGAGAGCAAAAUCCUUUGGAUUUUUGUGCCAACCAGCAGUUGCGUCACCACACCAGUUAACAACUUCAGGUAUUCCUUUGUGAGAGUCUGUUGGCGUUUUGAGCUCCUGCACUGCGGAAAAGUAGUAAGUCUCAGACUUAGCUACUCUAUGCCAGAAUGAUGAAACUUGGUGAAUGCUGAAGUCUAUGAUCACCAUCACCGAAGAAUUUGUUACUAGCAGAAGCGACUGUGUUUCAGGCGUGUUGGAAGUUCUUUCUGUUUCUCAUUACUCUGACAAUGGCUACUGAACACGAAGAAUGGCAGCUAGAAAAGAAAAUAAACAACAAAAGCAAAAGAAAAUAAGAAAACUGCAGGACUUUCUGCAAAGUGAGAUUUGUGAACUUCACCUUUCUCCCCCUAAGUACGUCCUUUCGCUCUCCUCGUCUGGUGUUACCAGCUGCGUGUUACUGUGUACAGAACUAGCUAGAAAUGUUCAGACCACACAAAUGUUCAAUCACUCUACAAAAUGGGAGUCACUGUGACUAGGUUAAGCUCAGUGUCUUAACAUGAGGAAACCUUCUUUAAAUGCACUUGAUGUUAACAUUUUAUUCUUUACUGAUUAUUGUGCCAAAACGGGGACUUCCACUUUUGAUAAAAGCCAGUGCAUACUGUGUGAAAGAAGAGUUUGUGGAAAUCAGAUAGACUGUGAUAAAAAUAGCACUCUCUCUGCUCUGUUAAUGUCAAAUUACCCAGACAUACCCUUUUGGGAUGGAACAAAAGUGUAGCUAGGCUCUGCUCAAUUCAGCUGGUCUCUGUUUGUUUAGUCACUGCUUUGUGACUUCCAGUGAGGAUUUUAAACUGAAUUCUUCUCCCCUCUCCUCCUGUCUCUUCCCUCCCCUCAGAAAAGGAGGAGUGCAGGCUAUAUCACUGCAUUGUCCAUGAAUAUUCUUUACUUACCAAUGGCUAAAGUAAGUGAAAAGGAGAGAAGGCCAAAACCUGCAAUUUCCACAGGACACGUGCCUCGCUGAUUCAGCCCCUAUUCAGCCAGGAACAGCAGGCUGAAAAUAGUAAAGCAGUAAAAUCCAUUCAUGACAAAGUUUUGAAGGAAGAGAAAUUUAUACCAGCUCCCACCUGCUUAGAUGGGGCAGUUCUUGCCAGCUUGUGGGGUUUUUUGUUUGUUUUCUAAACUGAGCCCUGGAAACACUUGGCUGCUCCUGCACUGUUGCUAGACUAAGAUCCUACCUUCUCUGUGAACAAGUCACAGCCUCAUUUGUCCUAACUCUGCAUGGAGAAGGCACUUCAGUGUCAAUUAUGACUUGAGAAAUUAAGUUUUCAUGUUAAGAUUAGAUUUCAAAUUCUAGUCAAGUGAAAAUCAAUUUGGUUGUCCUAUUCUUCCAUCAUGCAGAACAGAGAACCGUUUGGCAAUAGCACAGUUAGUUUUUGUGGAAGCAAUACCCACAAGCAGGCUCAGAGUUUGGUAACUGUGGGGCUCUACCGUGUCAGCAUUUUGUUGAAGGACUGCACAGACUCAGCUUAUGUGAAAUUUAACGGAAGGGGCAGUUAAGCUCUCAUUUGAUGCAAUCUAAGCUUACUCACCAGUUUGGACAGGAUAUGGAAACUGGAAAAAAUUUAAGGGCAAGCUGCAACUAAAUACUUAAGCUCCUAUCUUGUUCGGAUUGUAAGUAAUAGUUUGUACAGUAAUGUUUUUUUAAAAAGCAAUUUUAUCUAUUAACUUCUAAAAAACAUAUUGCAUAUUUGCUAUUUUUGAAUGUCUGUGAAAGAUACCCUGAUUUAUUUAUUAAUUUUACUUUUGUCCUGUGCUGCCUUCCAGUUUACAAUUACAAUCAGAUAUGACAUUUAGCUCACAGUACUUGUUAGAUAAAAAGACUGAGAAGCCACAGGCUACUUUACAUGCCAUCUUUUUCUUGUCUUGCCUAAGCUUGCAGACACCUUAAAAAUGUGAAUGACAUCUGUGCGGAUGUGAAGGGUAACCAUGUUCUAAUGCGUCAGGAAGAG